UCGGUGAAGUGUCUGCGUCUGUAGACUAGGUAAUGUACACCGGGGUCUGCGACAAAAUAGACUAAUUUAGUCAACAUGCGCUGACAAGCCCAGGCAUGCAUGUGAGGAGCGCCGAGGUAAAGCAGCAAGAAAGCGGAGCGAGCUGUGUACUUUGGCCAGAAGUUUAGGGUGUGAUUGAGACGUGACGCCGCCGAUGAGCGCCAACAGCAUUCCUGCCCCUUCGCCCGCUCUCAAAAAGCCAAAGCGCGACUGAUCCUGACUGAAUCGCAAUUAUCUCGCCAAGAUACCAGCUACUGAAAAUUCUGUGAACAUAUGGUGCAAGAGUAAGACGAUGGCCGACACAAGUUCAAAAGAUUUGCCUUUCAGGGUAGAGUAUGCGAAAAGUAACCGUGCUUCAUGCAAGUUAUGUCGCAACAAAAUCGACAAGGAGUCAUUGAGAUUGGCUAAAAUGGUUCAGUCUCCAGUUUUUGAUGGGAAGAUACCAAAUUGGUUCCACUUCCAUUGCUUCUUCAAGAGGAACAAACCAGAAUCCCAAGCAGACAUUGGGGGCUUUCCCAGUUUGAGAUGGGAUGAUCAACAAAGGAUCAAGGAGACAUUGUCCGGAAAGAAGCCUGGAGGAUCGCUUAAAAGUGCAGAUCCCGAUGAAGGAGGAGAAAGUCACAAAACACUGACUCAGUUUACUGUGGGUUAUGCUAGUUCUGGACGAGCAAAAUGUCUUCGUUGUGGAGAAAAGAUUCCAGAGACGACAGUUCGAAUCGCCUUUAUGGAACCGGUAGAAGAGUAUCAGCCAGUACCCCGCUGGCAUCAUGUGGAUUGCUUUGUUGAUGCAAAGUAUAUGGAGAAUGAUCUUAGUGAAUGGCCUCCUAACGGUACAGCCAGUAUGCUCACAAGCUUUGAUCGCCUCAAGGCUAAAGACCAGAAGAUGCUAGAAGAGAAGUUCAAGAAGGCAAUGCCAAAGACUAAAGGCAAAGGAAAAGGAAAGACAGGUCCUCCUCCAGCGAAGAAAGCUGCUCCAAAGCUCAGUAAACUAGAUCAAGAUCUCAAGACCCAGAAUGAUCAUCUUUGGGCAAUCCGUGACCAGCUUUACCGAUGGGUUAAGAAUAAUGGACUGAAAGACAUGCUUGAAGCUAAUGAUCAGGAAGUCCCUCCAGGAGAAAGUAGGCUUCUUGACAGUGUGGCUGAUGGCAUGAUGUUUGGUGCCCUUGAGAGUUGUCCUGAAUGCAAGAAUGGCCAGCUGGUUGUGAGCUCGUCCGGUCUGACCUUCAAGUGUACUGGUAACCUGACAUCUUGGACCAAGUGUCAAUACAGGAGCAAGGAUGUCCAAAGGAGCAAGACGUGGCACAUUCCGGAAUAUCUCAAGGAAGAUAUUGAUUAUUUGAAAAGCUUCAAAUUUGUUGCCUAUAAUAAGGGUAAGAGAUUGUUUCCUGAAGAGGAGGAAGAGGCAUCUGGAAGCCAAGAUGGUGCAGGAGAUGGAAAGAGGAAGUUAGCCAAGAAACCAGAAGAGAAAGCCCUUCACAACUGUACUAUUGUACUUCAUGGUAAAUUAUCCAAGAGCAAUAAAGAUCUGAGGACAGUCAUCCAGGGUCUUGGAGGUGAUGUCGCGACUAAGAUCACACCGGAAACAGCGUGUGUUAUUAGCACUGAAGCUGAAGUAAAGAAGAUGAACAAGAAGAUGAAGGAAGCCAAAAGCAAUGAUGUCCAUGUUGUUUCAGAAGAUUUCCUAGAUGCUGUUAAGAAUGGAGGAGCAGCUCUGAUGAUCACUCAACACAGUAUCUGUAAUUGGGGAUCAGAUCCUACCACCAGAAUUGCUGAUACAGUUGCUAGUCAAUUACCAACUAAGAGUAUUGGACAACUUCAGAGGGAAAGAGAUGAGUCAAAGUUCACUGCAGUUUUGCCGAAGACCUCGAAGAUGCAGCUGAAAGGAGGAGCUGUGGUGGAGGAUCAAAGUCUAGGUCUUUCAACGCAUGUGUACAAGGAACGUGGCAUGUUAUACAGCGCAACAUUGGGUCUUGUUGACAUCAGCCGAGGAACUAAUUCUUUCUACAAACUGCAGCUUAUCAAACAUGAUACUCAAUCCCGCCACUGGGUUUAUCGAGCAUGGGGACGUGUUGGUACUACAAUUGGAGGAAAUAAGACGGAGGACUAUGGAUCUAACUUGGACGGUGCAAAGGAGAUGUUCAAAUCUCUAUACCUAGAGAAGACUGGUAACAGGUUUGGUGCCAAGAACCCUGUCAAACAUCCUAUGAAGUUCUUUCCUCUGGACAUCAGCUAUGAAGAGGAAGAGGAGCGAAUUGCAUCGAGUAAAGAACGUGCAGGAAAGACAUCUAAGCUACCCAAACCGAUCCAGGAUUUGAUGAAGAUGAUCUUUGAUUUAGAGGAGCUCAAGAAAACUAUGCUGGAGUUUGAGAUUGAUCUUGAGAAGAUGCCUCUCGGAAAGCUGUCUAAGAAACAAAUUGAGGAUGCUUACAAAGUUCUUACAGACCUUCAAAAGUUGGUGACUGAUAAAGCCACUCGAUCGGCCAUCUUGGAUGCGUCUAAUCAGUUUUACACACUCAUUCCACAUAACUUUGGCUUGAAAUCUAUUCCACUUCUUGAUACACUUGACAUCAUUCAGGCCAAGACUCAGAUGUUGGAUAAUCUUCUAGACAUUGAGAUUGCAUACAAUAUGCUUAAAGAAACAGGAGAAGCUGGUACAGACCCUAUCGAUGUUCACUAUCAAAAACUCAAAUGCGCCAUGGAGGUGGUUGAUAAGAAGAGCGAUGAGUUCAAGUUGAUCAAAGACUACACUGAAAACACCCAUGCAGUUACCCACAACUGGUACCGUCUGUCUGUUGAAGAGGUCUUCAGGAUCGAUAGAGAGGGUGAAGGUCCAAGGUUCAAACCUUUCAAGAAGCUUCAUAACAGGCAGCUACUAUGGCAUGGAUCCCGCAAAACCAACUUUGGAGGAAUCCUCUCUCAGGGACUUAGGAUUGCCCCUCCUGAAGCCCCAGCAACUGGUUACAUGUUUGGCAAGGGUAUCUACUUUGCUGACAUGGUAACAAAGAGCGCCAACUACUGUUACGCAAAUGCCAGCAGUAACAUCGGUCUCAUGCUUCUCUCGGAUGUUGCACUUGGUGACAUGUAUGAGCUUCGAGGGGCAAAGGGCAUGUCAAAGCCACCUGCCGGAAAACACAGUACUAAAGGUCUUGGACGUACCUGUCCCGAUCCCUCGGGCUUGGUCACCAUUGAGGAUAAUCUUCAAGUUCCUAUGGGGAAGGGUACUGAUAGUAAUAUCAACAAUACCAGUCUUCUUUACAAUGAAUACAUUGUAUACGAUGUUGCACAGGUCCAGAUGCGCUACCUUAUCAAGAUGAAGUUCAACUACAAUUGUUGAUAUGCAUGGAAAAUUCAACAUGGAGAGAGAUUUACCAGCCAAAGCCAAAAAAACCAAGACGGAGAUUUUCGUUGCUUACAGUGUAUUCAGUUGGGAGAGUGGAAUACAAGGCAGAAAUAUCUGAACUAUAAUAAAUCUAAAAUAGAACUAAAGUAGAUAUAUGAUUAUUGAAGAGUGCUUUAUUUCGCUGGAUGGGACACAAAUGGAGCAGAUAUUGAAAUGCGUGAAGCAGUAGCUGUUUCACAAUAGUCGCUAAAAUCAGAAAAGUUUAUUUGGACUUGAGAAUUGUGUGUGAAUUGUUGUUUUCUGCCUUAUUUAGAAUUAUUCAUCAGCCAGUGCAUCAUUUUCGGUACCAAGCCAUCCAGAGGUUUAUAACAUGCUUUUAUGGAUGAAGUGCUCAUCUAUGUAAUGUCAACAUUAGGAUUCAGGUUAAAUCAGAGUAUGUGAUAACAAUCAGGAUUGUUUUUUUAGGGGGAGGGGGGCAGCAGAGCAUGUUUUUAUAGACAUGUUUUUCCCUUCAUGUUUUAUUCACUCUAAAUAUAUUGUCUAGGCGCUUUCUUUAGACAAAGUAUUGCUUGUAACUUCCUAAAAAGGCUGUUGGUGGAUAAGUAUACAUUGUUUCUAUAUAUUUCAGUUGAAUCAGCUGCUUACCAGUACUUAACAGUAACAAAUUUUAGCUUACGAACACAAGGAUUUUGUAUGGGUCUCGCCUACAUAUCUGAGCAAUUCCUAUGUGACCUGGUUUUUGUUUGAGUUUUGUAUGUGAUACACUUCUUUUCUAUAAUUUCAGCAUUCAAGUUGAGGUAAAAUUAAGCUGCGGUUGAGUUCUUUGCCUUGAUUUUCUUAAUGAUAUCAUUAAACUUCUGAGCUACUGCAGAGAUUUUGACAGAACAAAAACUAAUUUCUGUGUCCAUUUGGAAUAAAAUGGCAGUAUGAUAAAGGAAACCAUGAGAGUAAAAUUUGUUAAACAAAUUACUGAGGCAUGUCAUCGAAGUUUAGUUGCUGUAGUUAAGGAAAAGCAGUAGGCUGUCUAUUCUUCACAUACAUGUUAUCCAACAUGCAUUUUACUUUAGAAUUAACAAUACGCUGCAAUAAGUAUGCUUGAACUUUUUUUUUCACAUUCAUGUCAUGAUUACUACAUUAUUCUAUCUUUAUAUACCAAGGUGAGUUUAAUAGUGAUGAAUCCUUGAUGUUGUUUUCUUUCAAUGCAAACAUACCCAUGAUUUCCUCUCAGAUGUUUUGUAUGAAAUUCAGUUAUUGUGCCGAGAAAUGCCAAUAAAUAACAAGGAUGUGUAUUGCAAAAAAUUGCAAAGGCUGCUGGAACUGUAUGAAAUAAUUUGUUGAUCCUUUUUACAUUAUUGUUUUAUAUCACAUAGUCUUUUGUUCUUGUUGCCGUAAAUCUUGCUUCUUUUUUUUACCUUCAUAAUCAUACAUGUCCAACCUCUUUUUGUCUACCGUGUUUUUCAUCUUGAUACCAAUUUGUUUGUAUACAGAUAUUAAGAACAAGAAAAAUAACCGUACUAUCUAGGCAUUGUAGAUAUCCACAAUGCAAAUUUUUUUUCUUUACACUUUUUACUUUUACAUGUAUUUGAUGUCAUACUCUACUUUUCAUGUCUUUCACUUGUAAAAUUCCUCUUUGUAUUACUACAUAUGUAUUCUAUGAAAAAGAUUGCCAUGUUUUUGUAUGCAUUCCCCUUUGAAAAUUUUUGUCAAAUUGAAAUAAGACAGGAUUGAAUGUUAUCAAAUUGAUAUUCAAAGAGUAAUACCCAAAUUAGCUUGCUCUUGUGAUACACUGUAGUAAACCCAUAGAAUACAAGGGCAUAAAUCAAUGUACUACGAUUUCUAACAUUAAGAUUUUUUUUCUAACAUGCUUAGAAAUAAUUCAGGCAUUUUAGACUACAGACAAAGAUUUGUGAUUUGAAUUAUAGAGUACCUAUAGGUAUAUUUACAUUAUACCUAGUGUAGAGUAAGGCAAAUAAUGUAGACAAAGUUUGUCACUAUUAUAAUUCAUAUACAUAUUAUCUUACAAAAAGAAAUUAUGCAUGUCAACAAUUCCAGAAUAAGAAAAAAAAAACAUUUGAAACGUUAUUUUGGCCAGAUUUUUCCUAGAUCUGUGUAGCGUAAUACAGAUGUGCCAUAGUUACUAAAUAUUAUUCAGUUCUAAAUAAAGUAGAAAAUGAUAUUUUAUACAGAAAAUGCUUAUUCACAGCAGUGUUCACUUUACAAUAGCGACUGGAGAAGUUUUAUUACUGUGUCUUUAAAAUGUGUAGUAAGUCGUACAUACAUUGUAGAAGUUGUAUCAUUAAGUACAUGAAUUAUGUGCCUCAUGUGUUUUAAAAGUGAUGAAAAUAUUUCUUUAUUCUUACAAAAUCAUGAGGACCCAUCAGACCUUGUAAACUAUAAAGCUGAUAACUUUGUAAAUGUGUCUACUAUGAAGUGUAGGUGCAUCAUCUAGUUUGUAGAUGUCAUUUGUUCUUGUUCCAAAGGCAGAUGGAAUAGAUUUCUAUAUUGUGCAGAAAUUUGAAUAAACUCAUCAAAUU